GAAAGGGUGUGAUAUGUUAGUUUGUUAACACAGUGUGGUUGAAAUAUUUAUCUGACGAAGUUAACUGUUUACAUGUCAAAAGUGUAUUAUUUUGGUGAUUGUAUUUAUUUUCAUUUGGAUGCGCAUUGUACACAGCUCAGGCUUUGAGGAUUCUUUCGACCAAAAAAAAAAAAAAGCUCGAGGGCUUCUGUUAUGACUUUACCACGUCGGUAUCUGUUGUGGUUUAGUUUAAUCGAAACAAUAUAUAUAUAUUACAAGUACAAGAAACACUCUUAAUGUUUUUCAAGUUAUGUGUUACAGUUCCUCCUCUUAUCUUUAAAGCUUUUUCACGCUCUUUUUCAAAUUUUAUUUUAUUUUUAAAAGCCUUUUUCCUCCGAUGUGCACCGUCCUCGUGAACCUCCUCCUACGAUGCGGGUGACUUUUUAUUUAUUUAUUUUUUUAAAAAAUAAGAAAUAGUGGUAUAGAAUCUUUAUAGCUUUUUUUUUUUUUGUUUAUUUAUUUAUUAUUAUUAUUAUUUUUUACAAUCUAAGAAGUGCUUCGUUCUAGCUCACAUUUUUUUUUAAAAAAAAUUAGAAAGAUAUGUAAAGUAAUGGACUUUUAAAAAUAGAUUGUGUUAAGCUAAUAAUCAGAUUUUCGAGGAUUUUUUUUUUUUGUUUUUUUUUAUUCAAUAUGUGAAGUGCUUCAGUUCUAGCUCACAUUUUCUGAAAAAAUUAGAAAAAUAUAUAAAGUAAAAAAUCUUAGGAAUUUCUGAAGCGAUUUGGUACACUUUUAAAUAUAAAUUGUGUUGCACUAAUAAUUAAUAAUCAGAUGUUACAAAAAUUAAUUGAGAAAUAUAAAGAAAGAGAAACUUGUAUGCCGUUAGAGCGUAGUUGGCAUUUGAGAACCAUUGUGUUCUCAUGGUAGGUUUGCCGGAGGCGAGACGUAGUUGGCAUUUGAGAACCAUUAUGUUCUCAUGGUAGGUAUGCUGAAGGCGAGACGAUGGCAACUUUUCUGGCUGUGGAGACAAUAGCUACUACUAAAUGUAUGAAACCCUAACCAUAAUCAAAGAAAAAGAGAAACAAAAUUUCACAGGUGUCACAGUUUUAGUUUACAACUCAUUGUUUUUUUUUUUUUAAAUUUUUAAUUAGGUAAAAAUUUCAUUAUUUUUAUUUUUAUUAUCUUUUCCUUUUUUGGUUCCAAAAAUGUACAUAUUAACCUGGAAAAAAAAAGAAAAAAAGAAAAAAAAAAAAAACAGAAGAAAAAACAGCAUAUAGGAGAGAAAGGUAAAUUCAUUUAAAUAAAGGACAAGUCAGGGACGAAUUGGGUCAUCGCCACAUGUGUAGUUUACUUGUACAUGCCCGCAUUGGAGCGGCACAAACUUAGGCGGGAAAUAUUUUUUCCGAUAAUUGUUUAUUUUGUAAUUUUUUUUCCUUUUGUGACCCUCUCUCUCUCUCUCUCUCUCUCUCUCUCUCUAAUUCUUCGUCCAAUUCCCACUCUUCGUCUCUCUCUCUCUCUCUCGGAUUUCUUCUUCUACAACAACCCACUGAUCUCAUUGAGUCGUUUGAAAUUUAUUUGCUUUUGGAGACAUGGGCAAAGAGGAAAGCCCUCAAGUUACCAGAAGAACAACCAGGUCCUCCUCUUCAGCUGCCAAUUUAGAUAAUGUUGCUGAAAAAACGAAAGCAAAAGAUCCACCCCCUCCAACUCUCAAUGACCUUCUGUUUGGAGAGGAAAAACCCAUUACUCUGGAUGAUUUGCUGUCUAGUUUCCCUGGUAGACGUGUUCAGAUUCUUGAACUUUUGCGCAUUUUGGGUCCAGUGAAUUGCCCCAUGCUUCCUGUCUUUAUCUAUGGAGGCACUUCUACUGGAAAAACCAGUAUAAUUCUCCGGAUAUUUGCGCAUCUUAAUCGUCCUUUUGUUUAUUCAAGCUGCCUUACCUGCUAUAGUCCGCGGAUUUUGUUUGAAUCUGUUUUGGAUCAACUGUUGCUUCACAGAAAGAGUGCAGCCAAUGGUUAUUCAAGUGCAAAGCGUUGUGAAAGGCCCUCUGAUUUUGUUAAUUUUCUACGUGAAGCCUUGACUAGUAUUCUCUGUAAUCUUCAAGGAAACUCUGGAAAUUUGAGGUCCAAAAAAUUGGAGGGACAAGCUAAUGGACAUAUGAUCUACUUGAUAUUUGACAACUUGGAGCUUGUUAGAGAGUGGAUUAAAAGCAAUACUAUGCUACCGUUCCUGUUUAAUCUCUAUGAUAUCCUGAAAAUGCCGGAGGUUGGUGUGAUCUUUAUUAGCAAUACCUCACCAGAUACAUAUUACUCGUGUAUGGGUUAUGUAGAGCCUACUCCUGUCUACUUUCCUGAUUAUACGGAAGAUAAUCUUCGUCAAAUCUUCAUGAGAAACCAAUCAAACAAAAAGCUUUAUUCCUCAUUUCUCGAUAUUGUAUUGAAGCCAUUCUGUAGAGUUACUAGACGGUUGGAUGAACUAUCUACUGCAUUUUCACUGUUGUACAAGAAAUAUUGUGAACCUUUAAGUGAUCAGGGAAUUGUUCCCAAUGAAGACAUGAAGAGAAGGUUGUUUAGUCAGCUUCAACCCCAUAUUGCUUCUUCUCUAAAUGAGAUAUUUAGGGUUAUAUCUCUGCCUUCGGCCGAAGUUGGGGCCACCAAGAAGCCAAAGAGGAAAGAUACCACAAGGAAAUCAGGAGGUUGUGAAGUUCCUGAUCAAUUAGAUUUCCAUAUGUCUACUUCUGCCAAGUAUCUUCUUAUUUCAGCCUUCCUUGCUUCAAGAAACCCAGCUACCCUUGAUGCAUCACUUUUUGAUUCUACUGGGGGUUCUGAUAGUCGGAAACGAAAGAGGAAGCCAUCUGAAAAGUCAAAGGAACAUAAGGAAACUGCAGAACAGGAAUCGCUUAUGAAAGGACCUGGAACCUUUCCAUUGGAGAGACUAUUAGCUAUAUUUCAGUGUAUUACAUCUGUAGCAGCUGAUGAGGAAGAACAAGAGAAUGAUGGGCUUGGAAUUCAAGCUGGGGAUAAUAGUCUCAUGUCUGAUGUUCUAUUGCAACUAUCCAGUCUCUGCAAUGCUAGUCUUAUAGUCAAAGGAGGAAGCUGUCCACUAGAUGGCUCAACUCGAUAUCGAUCUACAGUGUGUGAAGAUAUGACCUUGCAGGUAGCGAGGAGCCUCAAGUUCCCUCUGUCGAAGUAUUUAUAUAGAGGAUGAUCUUUGAUGUGCAUAGGCAGUGUAACAUGGUCCCCAAGUUAUUCUCAAAUAUCUGACAAAGAAAAGUUCUACAAAGAGAAGGUUGCCCCUAGUUAACUCAAAUGGCUUCUCAUGUACCACUGAAUUCUGUGUACAGUGUUGAGCAAAUUACUGUGAUUGAGUAGACAUACUGAUUUAUUGUACUUCAUUCCAUAUUAGUAAUUUCAGGUAGCUCAAUAAGAAGCUAAUUAGCAGUAGCUUAUGGUAUU